UUUUUUUACAAAAUCCAUCUUUUGUGAUCAUCGUCACGGUGAAAUCCUUUUAGUAUGCAGAGCUGUUUGAGACAAUGACAAGACUGCAGCGUAAGCAACCUAAAAGGUUCAAACUUUAGCCGAAGCUGUGACUCUGCAAAUUGAAAAAGAUAUCAGAGCAAAACUAAACUAGACAUUAAUACAAACUAAAUCCAUCAAACUGGGAGGAAUCAUCUUUCUCAGGUGUUACUGACAUUCUAUUUGUAUUACUAGCAGAUUGCAAGGUGUAUUUCUGUUCAUCUCUCGCACUGCACUGCACUAUACGCAGCUGAAUCCUCGUGCAUUUUUCUCGAGCGUGAUCGAAGAGAGGAUGCGUUUUGCAGGGCGACAGAUGAGCAGCGUGAUUUACACGGAACAGAUGACGACUUCUGCAGGAGAGAGACACUUUGUGCAGGAUGUCACCUUGAACUAAGCCAUCAUUAUUGAAUCUGCCGACACAGGGGGAGAUUACAGGAAGGAGAGGAAGAGAAAGGCAAACCUUGCUCAUGGUCAGACUGAUUAUCUAAAAAUGUCCCAGACAGGAAUAAAACCCUGAUAUGCAAAAGAAAAGAUGUGAGAGAAAUAUAACUGCAAAGGCAAAGACAUGAAAUUGUCUCUAGUUUAGUUCAUCCUUCAUCCGCAACCCACAAUUCAGCUGUGUGAUGUGAUGUGAUGUGCGGUCAAAUAUUCAUCAUCAGUCACACUGGUAAAGAAGUUACAAUGGUUCCAAUUUCCUGUGAUCAAAUCCCACAUCGGAUCCAUCAAAAGAUGAUGCAGCGCUGGCUGCGUUGUGACUGAGAGGAGAAAGACUUUAGAGCAAACAUAAGCUGUAUUUUAAAAGCAUCUUAGUGAAAAACUUAAGCCAGUGUUGCCAAAUAUUUAUUCCAAUAAAAGCAGCUUACAACCCAAAAAGGCUUUUUCACAAACUGCCCUCCUUGUUCUCAGAUUGGUAAGUACACGUUUUAUAGCUUUAACUGAUUUACAACCCAAAACGGGAUUUUAAAAAUAGGCUUUUCUAAUUUCCUUGCAUUUUUAUCAGCUGGACAAUGCACUCCUCAUAAAUACGGAAUGAUUCGCCCCUGAUUGCACCGGCUGUGUUGUUGCUACGCAGCGCCCUUAUUGACAUUACUGCUUCCAGCGCGGUGGCCAUAGAGACGAACUCCCAUAUGACAGGACACAGACUGCAGCGUGUUACUGGGGACAUUCCAUCUUUCCUUCGCUCUCUGUAAGGCUUUCGUGCAUACUCGGUAAACAUAUGCAGUAGUUGAUUACAUUAUUCACACCCCAAUUAAACGUCAUUUAAUGCGUGUGUGUAUUCGGUUGACACACCCACACUGGAAUAACUUGUUCUGUGUUCGCAUAUCACUCGGUUUGCUUCGGGACUUGACUUUCCUGUUCAGGCUUCACAGAGGUUAAACACACGUGAAUGCCUGUGUGGAAGAGACACCAGAGGGUUGACAUGGUUUAGCAGCUAAUGUGAAGUCUGCAGACUUCUUCGAUAUGCUGGAGAGGAUGCAGGAUGACUACAUCCCCUACCCACGGAUAGAAGAUGUCCUGGAGAAAGGCGGCCCGUACCCUCAGGUGAUCCUGCCCCAGUUCGGGGGUUACUGGAUCGAAGACGCGGAAGCACCGGUGGGGACCCCCUCGUCCUCAGAGUCCAGCUUCUGCGAGGAGGAGGACGGAGGGGAGGGCAUGAGCCCCGCUGGGGGCCACAACUACCGCCUGGAGUGCAACAGCACGGCGCGCGCCUACCGCAAACACUUCCUCGGCACGGAGCACAUGAACUACUACUGCACCGGCAGCAGCAUCGGCCACCUCAUCAUGUCCCUGAAACACGAGGAGGCCGAGGGACAGGAGUUCCUGCGCAUCAUGCUCAGGUCGAGGAUCAAAACCGUCCACGACAGGAUCUCUUUGGCCGGCAUCAACCAGCUGCCCAGUGUGCCGCAGAUUGCCAAGCUUCUGUGUGACGAUGCCACGGGGCUGAAGUUCAACCCCGUCCUCUACCCUCGGGGGUCCCAGCUGAUGGUUGCUUAUGAUGAACACGAGGUGAACAACACCUUCAAAUUUGGAGUCAUCUACCAGAAGUUUGGACAGACAUCAGAGGAGGAGCUGUUUGGGAACAACGAGGAGACGCCAGCUUUUAAGGAGUUCAUCAGCAUCCUGGGCGACAACAUUGAACUUCUGGACUUCAAAGGGUUUCGCGGCGGGCUGGAUGUCUCCCACGGACAGACCGGCUCCGAAUCCGUCUACACGGUCUUCAGGCGCAGGGAGAUUAUGUUCCACGUGUCCACCAAGCUUCCCUUCACCGAAGGAGACGUCCAGCAGCUCCAGAGGAAAAGGCACAUAGGAAAUGACAUUGUGGCCACAGUCUUCCAGGAAGACGCCACGCCGUUCGUUCCGGACAUGAUCGCCUCCAAUUUCCUGCACUCGUACGUGCUGGUGCAGGUUGAGAACCCCUGCACGGAGCACACAACAUACAAGGUUUCCGUUACAGCACGGGAGGACGUGCCCGCUUUCGGACCUCCUCUCCCGAACCCGGCCGUCUUCAGGAAGGGGCCCGAGUUCAGAGACUUCCUGCUGACAAAGCUGAUCAACGCCGAAAAUGCCUGCUACAAAUCCGACAAAUUCGCCAAACUGGAGGGGCGAACGCGCGCUGCGCUGCUGGACAACCUCCACGACGAGCUGCACAGACAGAGCCAGGCGACGCUGGGCCUGAGCCAGCCGGGGGAGGAGGACAAGAUGGAGAACGGGGGACACGGGGGUCUGCUUGAGUCCUUCAAGAGAGCCAUGCGCGUCAGGAGCCACUCCAUGGAGACCAUGGUGGGGUCCAAGAGCCACAGGAGCCCCGGGGUGGGAGGCGGCGUGCCGGCCAGCGUGAGCGGAGGAGGUCUGCCGCAGAGCUCCAGCGAAUGCACCAAGAGCACCUUCACUCCUCCUGUGCUGUCGGCCAAGUCUCCUCUGAAGAGCCCCGUGAAGCGGCGCUCGGGCCUCUUCCCUCGUCUCCACUCCAGCACAGAAUCCCCGUCGGACAAACACACCCGCAGCGACCAAAAGCUCGCAGAGUUCUGCUCGCUGUCCCAGGAGGUGAGGUCGGAGACGUCAUCCAAUCCCAGCUCUCCUGAGGUCUGCCCCAGCAAAGAGAGGCCCUUCGUCAAGCUGAAAGAGUGCGGCAGCAGCAGACCGAACAUCUCUCGCUCCUCGUCCAGCACCAGCAGCUUCAGCAGCACCACGGGGGAAACGGAACCUCUGGAGGAGCUGGAGACGGCCAGCCAUCCCUCCAUAACGUCCUCAUCCAUCUUCAGUCCGUCCCUCAGUGUGGACAGCCCGGUAUCGGGCACCCCCGUCAUCAUGUGCCGCAGCCCAACAGACCUGAAAAGUAAGACGUCCCCGAGGUCAAACUUGAAGUUCCGCUUCGACAAAAUGAGCCACUCAUCCCCAGCUUCUGAGUAGCAUCGAGGAAACAUCCAACUUCAGGCGCCGUGCGGGUCGAUGGAGCUGCAAAAAAACAACAAAAGUAGAACAACAACAACCACGAAAUCAGCGUAGAACCCCUUCCAGACGCCACGGAUGAUCCGAUAAGAUCACCAACCGCACCGCACACUAUAAACUAUCUGACGAUACUGUGAGUGUACAGUGAGGAGAAGCAGCUUCCACAACGGCUUUCUUUAAAAAAAAAAAAAAAUCCCAGACGAAUAAAAUAGUCAAUACUUACAACACAAUACUCUGCCAAUGUUACAAAGUUGCUGCGUCACAGCUGACCGUCGCUCGCGUCACAUGAAAGUCCUGACACGGCGGUGAAGCUGUGAGUGAAGGCCGAGCUGUUACUCCUCAUCCAGCUGACUGCCGAGUGCUCGGUAGAGAUAAACGUCUUUAAGACUCGUCCAACAUCCGGACGCUCCUCUUUUCCCCUCCAAUGGUAACGUCUGACAGCGGCUCCUCUUCUGCCUAAAAUAACCAGGCAGACGCAAACAGACACACAAGCACACAUGAUGUAGACUUUACAGUAGCAGCGCUUUGGAGGGGACGGCGCAGGCGGGGGGGGGGGGGUCUCAGCCUGUUCUCAGCCUGUCCUUUGCAUAUAAAAACGCUUCUACAAGCACUUUUGAUUUCCGGGAUGCUUUUGUUACCUUGUUAGCUGCUGCAUUGUGUCUACUGCACUAUUAACACGACAUUGCUGACACGUAGUCGAUACCUACGGCAGCACUUCUGCACUCCUGGGGGGGGAGGUGGGGGGCUUUGUCUCCCUGAACUCAAGUGCUUGGUUAGUGGAAAACGAGCUCGGAAGGGCCACAGUACGAGACACUGCCAACACAUUUUGCCAUAAGCUUAUUUUAGCCAAAGCUGCGCCUUACAAUCUAUCAAAAGCCCUUCUCGCCCCCUGGUGUCUUUCGCUAUCCGUCUCCUUCACUGUCCGAGGAGGACAACGAGGAUCUGGUAACAUCACAGCUGUCUGUGGCCCAUCAACGCCCGGCAUUUGCUAAAAAUAGACGCCGCCCUGACAUUUCACCUUCUGAUAACCCCCAUUGAAGCUUGCUAGCUCGGUGUAUCCGUCUGUGUUCGGUGGAUCUUUUCAAAAAGGUCUAGCGACUUGAAAACAAAGAUGCUUCGUGUAAAACAAACCUUCAAACCACACAGAAAAAAAAACAAAAACCUUUUGAAUGUGAACCUCUUUUUCUGAUGCUGUGUUAGUUGUUGUCACAAAGUCUCUUAGAAGUCAAUUGCAAAGCCAGCUGCUUGCAAGCACAUCAGGACUAAAGGUCUACACUCUUGUCCUCCACUAUCCCACAACAUCGGCCUGCAAGCUGCUCGAGCUGCAGCUAGCGGGGCGAAGUGGGGGCGCGCUAACGGAGAAAAGAAGCUUGCAGACGCUCGGAUUGCGUUUCCGACGAGGCGACCAAACAGCCAAGCCGGUGGGUCUUCGGAAGAAUGUAUAUCUGCUCCCGUAUGGAGACGCCGUGUGAAGUCCUGUCACGUCAAACUGAAAUGCCAGAGGGACAGGUCAGUUCACCCAAAACAGUGAAGACCUUCUCUGUGACUCAGGUGACACUUCGAUUUGCAAAGAUGCCGUUAUCAGCGUUGACUAAUACAAACUGUGCUUAGUGAGCGUAGGCCGGUGAUUACCUCGAGCAAGGGAAGCGGGGGCAGAAAUCCCACAGAAGCGGAAAGUCCAGGUGUCAUUUAGUUUGUAGCAGGUACAUUAUUGCCUAAAUGCCCUGCCGCCUUUCCUCUGUUAAUAUGCUUAAUUUAUUAAAAUGAUGACUUCUUUUGCGUUGAUGUCAUGUAAAGAAGUGUAACUGCAGAGUAAACUGAUUAAUAAGGUAAAAAGAUUAAAGUAAAUAUAUUAAUUUAAAAGAUGUCUAAACAUGUGUAUGUAUAUUUGGUUAUGUAACGUGCCAUUGAGAAUUUAUUCGAAAAUAAAAUGUUGUAUUUUGUGUCA